UCUUGCAGUCUGGAAAGUCAGAUUUUUUUUUCAGUCAUCUGAGUGGGAUCAGAGGAAACACAACUCCAGAAGACAGAAAAGUAAUUCCAACUUAGUGUGUCCCCAGCUCAGGAGGACAAUGGGACUUCUUCAGGUGCCCCUUAUCCUAGUAAUAUUAUGGGGAGUAGGCAAUGCUCAAGAACCAGAAUUCAGCUAUGGCUGUGCAGAGGGAAGCUGUUACCCAGCUACAGGAGACUUGUUGAUUGGCCGGGAACAACAACUAAUUGCAUCCUCAACAUGUGGCACUCGCAAACCCGAAUCGUUCUGUAUCGUUAGCCAUCUUCAGGAAGAGAAAAAAUGCUUUAAAUGUGAUUCAAGGAUACCUUACAAUGAAUAUAAUAACACGGAGAGCCAUACUAUCGAAAAUGUGGUGACUACAUUCGAUCCAAAUCGACUUAAUCUGUGGUGGCAAUCAGAAAAUGGACUGGAAAAUGUCACCAUUCAGUUAAAUCUUGAAGCAGAAUUCCAUUUCACUCAUCUCAUCAUGACCUUUAAGACUUUCCGUCCAGCUGCAAUGUUAAUUGAAAGAUCAUCAGAUUUUGGUAAAACAUGGAAAGUCUACAGAUAUUUUGCUUAUGAUUGUGAAUCCUCCUUUCCUGGGAUUUCAUUUGGGCCAAUGAAGAAAGUAGAUGACAUCAUCUGUGAUUCCCGCUAUUCAGAUAUUGAACCCUCUACAGAAGGAGAGGUUAUUUUCCGUGUUUUAGACCCAGCUUUUCGUAUUGAAGACCCAUAUAGUCCAAGGAUUAAAAGCAUGUUGAGAAUUACAAACCUGAGAAUCAAGUUCUUGAAGCUACAUACUUUGGGAGACAAUUUGCUGGAUUCCAGAGUGGAAAUAAAAGAAAAAUAUUAUUACGCCAUUUAUGAUAUGGUGGUCCGGGGUAACUGUUUCUGCUAUGGACAUGCUAGCGAAUGUGCCCCAGUGAGAGGCUAUUCGGAUAAUGUGGAUGGAAUGGUGCACGGUCGCUGCGUCUGUACACAUAACACAAAAGGUCUGAACUGCGAGCAAUGUCAGGACUUCUAUCAUGAUUUACCUUGGAGACCAGCUGAAGGUCGCAGCAGUAACGCUUGUAAAAAAUGUAAUUGUAAUGAACACUCUGUUCAGUGCCAUUUUGACAUGGCGGUUUAUAUGUCUACUGGGAAUACCAGUGGUGGAGUGUGUGACGACUGCAAACACAACACGAUGGGGCGGAACUGUGAACAGUGCAAAUCAUUUUUCUACCAGCAUCCAGAUAAGGAUAUCCGUGAUCCGAAUAUCUGUCAGCCUUGUAAUUGUGACCCAGCUGGUUCCCAGAAUGGCGGCAUAUGUGACAGAUAUACAGAUUUCUCCGUGGGCCUCAUUGCCGGACAGUGCCGCUGCAAGGAGAAUGUUGAAGGAGAACGCUGUGAUCUUUGUAAAGAAGGAUACUAUGAAUUGAAUGCAGAAGAUCCGGAUGGGUGUCAGCCAUGUGGAUGCAAUACUUUAGGAACUAUUCCUGGGGGCAAUCCUUGUGACUCACAAGAUGGAAGCUGCUAUUGCAAACGAUAUGUAACUGGAAGAAAAUGUGAUCAGUGCAUGUCUGAAUUCUGGGGUCUGAGCAAUGAUUUGGAUGGCUGCAGGGCUUGUGACUGUGACCGUGGGGGAUCAUUGAACAAUAAUUGCUCACCAGAAUCCGGCCAGUGUGAAUGUAGAGCACACAUGAUUGGUCGUCAGUGCAAUGAAGUGGAAUCUGGCUUUUAUUUUAUUGUAUUAGAUCAUUACACCUAUGAAGCAGAAGAAGCUAAUUUUGGUCCUGAUGUAAGACUUGUUCAGAGACCAAACCCCCAUGACCGCACACCUUCCUGGACUGGAAUUGGCUUUGCCAGGGUCCCAGAAGGUGCAUACUUGGAAUUUUACAUCAAUAACAUCCCCCAUUCAAUGGAGUAUGAUCUUUUGAUACGCUACGAACCUCAACUGCCAGAACAAUGGGAAGAGGCAGUUGUAACUGUUGUACGCCCUGGCAAGAUUCCCACAAGCAGCCGAUGCGGCAACACAAUCCCUAAUGAUGAUAAUCAGCUGGUCUCGCUGCCUCCUGGCUCUCGGUAUGUUGUUCUUCCUCGAUCAAUAUGCUUUGAGAAGGGUCUUAAUUAUACUAUACGUUUGGAGCUGCCACGUUACUCUAUCAAUUCGAAUGUGGAUAACCCGUAUACCCUAAUAGAUUCUAUCGUCCUGUUGCCUCAUGUCAAGUACCUCGACCUCUUCAGCACCGGAGGCUCAGGAGAUGAUUUCAUCACCAAUAGCGAUUGGCAAACAUUCCAGAGAUAUAGGUGUCUUGAGAACAGCCAGAGUGUUGUGAAAACCCCUCUCACUGAUGUCUGCAAGCAUUUCCUCUUCAGCAUUUCUGCACUUUUGCACGAAGGUGCACUUGAAUGCCAAUGUGACCCGCAAGGCUCCUUGAGCUCUGUGUGUGACCCACAUGGUGGAAAAUGCCAGUGCCGACCUAACGUUAUUGGCAGAAACUGCGACAGGUGUGCUCCUGGGACCUAUGGAUUUGGACCUAGUGGUUGCAAACCUUGUGAAUGUGAUGAGAAUGGAUCGUCACAUUCUUUCUGCCACCCUGAGACUGGCCAGUGUCCCUGCAUUCACGGAGCAUAUGGGCGUCAGUGCGAUGUUUGCUUGCCUGGGUACUGGGGUUUCCCCAGCUGCCGACAGUGCCAGUGUAAUGGGCAUGCUGAUGACUGCAAUACUCUUAAUGGAGAAUGUAUAGGCUGCAAGGAACAUACUGAAGGCUACAGCUGUGAGAGAUGUCUCUCUGGCUAUUAUGGGGACCCCAGGCUUGGAUCAGGAGAUCACUGCCGGCCCUGCCCUUGCCCUGAUGGCCCAGGGACUCAGCGCCAGUUUGCCAGUGGCUGUUACAAAGAGCCCACCAGCCAACAAGUUAUAUGUUCCUGCAACCCUGGUUAUACAGGAAUCAGGUGUGAUGAAUGCGCUUCUGGAUAUUUUGGAAACCCUGAAGAUAUUGGAGGUGUCUGCCAGCCAUGCCAGUGUAACAACAACAUAGACACCACUGACCCACUGGCUUGUGAUAAGAAGACUGGAGUAUGUAUGAAAUGCCUGUAUCACACAGAAGGAGACAACUGUCAUCAGUGUCAGCUCGGUUACUAUGGCAACGCACUUCAACAAAAUUGCAGAAAGUGUGUCUGUAAUUAUCUUGGGACUGAGCCAGAGCAUUGCAAUGGAGAGGUUGACUGCAAUUGUGACAAGACAACUGGCCAGUGCCCAUGCUUACCCAAUGUGAUUGGCCAGAGCUGUGACCGCUGUGCACCAAAUACAUGGAAGUUAGCGAGUAGCACUGGAUGUGAAUCAUGUGGUUGUCAUGCUACCCGGUCUUUGGGUCCAUCCUGUAAUGAGUUCACUGGACAGUGUCUGUGCAUGCCUGGUUUCGGAGGGAGGAACUGUAGUGAGUGCCAGGAACUUUUCUGGGGUAAUCCGGAUGUUGAAUGUAGAGCUUGUGAUUGUGACUCAAGAGGCAUCCAGACCCCACAGUGUGACCGUGGUACUGGUCAUUGCAUUUGCAAUGAGGGUACUGAAGGGGCCCGUUGUGACCGAUGUGCUCGUGGAUAUUCUGGCAUUUUUCCAAACUGUGUCCCUUGUCACAAGUGUUUUGCACUAUGGGAUGUCAUCAUCCAAGAAUUGGCCAACAGGACAAACAAGCUUUUAGAUCGUGCCAAUGCUCUGAAACUCACCGGUGUCACUGGACCUUACCAGCAGACCAUCGAUAAAGUGCAGGAGAAGAUAGAGGAAAUUAAGACUAUCCUUGCACAGAAUCCCGCAGCGCAACCACUGAAAAGUAUUGAAAAUCUUUUUGAUUCGGCAGAAAAGCUGAAAUCAGAAGUUGCUAAAAAAAUUGAAGAAGUUGAGAAGAAACUUGCAGAAUUUGAUGGCGGUGAUUCGGAAAAACUAAGCGCACUUCAGGAAGAUGCGGAGAGUGUUGGUAAAGUGGUCAAAGAACUUGGAGAGCAACUGGAAUACAUGAAGAUUUCUAACGUUAAAGGAGCUAUGGACAGCAUCAACAAAUAUUUCCAGAUGUCUUUGGAGGCAGAAGAGAAGGUCAAUGCCUCUGCUCUGAACCCGGAUAGCAUUCUUGAACAUGCAGCUGCAACCCGGCAGGAAGUUGAAGACAUAAUAAAUGAAAAACAGUUUUGGUUCAAGGAAUAUCAAGAAGAGCAAUCUCGACUCUUGGACGAACUUGCUGGCAGUGUGCAGAGUUUGGAUCUGUCAUCGCUCUCUGAAAAGACUUGCGGAACAUCUCCUGGUGCAUCAUGUGAGGAUUCCCCUUGUGGCGGCAUUGGCUGCAAGACAGAAGAUGGCAAAAGGAAAUGUGGAGGCCCCAACUGUGAUGGUUUUGUUAAUGUAGCCAACAAUGCAUGGCAAACAGCAAUGAAGUUUGAUAAGGAGAUUCUAAGCGCACUGGCAGAAGUGGAAGAACUCUCUAAAAUGGUAGCAGAAUCAAAACUAAGAGCAGAAGAAGCAAAACAGAGUGCUCAGAAUGUCUUGAACAAAGCAAAUAACACCAAAGAGAAAGUUGACAGAAGCAAUGAAGACCUAAGAAAUCUCAUCAAACAGAUUAGGGACUUUUUAAUGCAGGAUGGAGCUGACCUUGACAGCAUUGAGGCAGUUGCCAAUGAGGUUCUGAAAAUGGAUAUGCCGACCACCCCUGAGCAGCUGCAAGCACUGACAGAGGAUAUCCGAGAACGCGUGGAAAGCCUUUCUGAUGUGGAGGACAUCCUCAAGGAGAGCGCUGGAGAUAUUGCGAGGGCCGAGGCUCUCUUAGAUGAAGCAAAGAAAGCAAGCCAAGCUGCAACUGACAUUAAAGCUACUGCUGAUUUAGUAAAAGAAGCUCUAGAGGAAGCAGGGAAGGCUCAGAGUGCAGCAGAAAAAGCCAUCAAACAAGCGAACGAUGACAUCAAAGGAACGAAUGAUCUACUUACAUCAAUUGAAUCUGAAGCAGCUGUAUCAGAGGAAACUUUAAAUAACGCUACACAACGUAUCGCCCAACUUGAAAGAAAUGUUGAUGAUUUAAUGAAAAAGUCUGCGGCAAAUUCUGUGUCUGUCGAUGAGGUGGAGAAAUCUGUUGACAAAGCCAAAGAAAAUGCAGAUGGAAUUAAAAAGGUUUUGGAUGGUGAACUAAGUGACAAGUAUAAGAAAGUUGAAGACUUGAUAAUGCAAAAAGCUGAAGAUUCUAUAGAAGCCAGAAAGAAAGCAGAGAAGCUGCAAAAAGAAGCCAAAUCAUUGUUAGCUCAAGCAAAUAAAAAGCUCAGUUUGCUCAAAACUUUAGAAAGAACGUACGAUGUAAAUCAGAAAACUUUGGAAGAGAAAGCCAAACAGUUAGUAGAAUUGGAAGAAACAGUCCGAUCUCUGCUACAGGCCAUCAGUCAGAAAGCAACAGUAUACAGCACUUGCUUAUAAACAGGAGAACAGAAACGGACGAGGACCAAAUGUUAUGUAAUUUAUUGGAAGAAAUCUCUGAGAGAAAACCAAAUGAAGGCAUUGUUUUUUAUGGUCAUUUUUUGUAUUAAAUAAAAGCUGAACAUCAGUACUAAAUAACUUUUUAAGUUACUUCUAUUUUUUGUAUUUGUUUAAUUUGUAUGUGGUAAUUGACACAGCCAUUUUUUUAAAGAGUUAAAAUGAGUUAUCUGUAAUCUACUAGGCUAUAUGUAGCAUGCUUAUAUUUGUAUUUUUAUAUAUUUUUUGCACUAAUUAUAAGUAUAAAUUGCACACAGUUAUAUAUUUUAAUUAAAAGCACGCUUGACCACCCCUUAAAAACACAUAUCUGCUCAAUGUAUAAACAUCUAAGUAUCAUAUUUUAUAGUAAUAGAACAAAAAAACUAUUGGAUACGUUCAUCACUUUACUGUUUAAUGGGACAGUAAAGUCAAAAUUAAAUUGUUUUAUAUGCACACUUUGAGGCACCAUCUCCUACUGAGCAUGUGCAAGAAUUCACAGAAUAUACAUAUGCAUUUUGUGAUUGGCUGAUGGCUGUCACAUGAUGCAUUGGGAAAGAAAAUGUAACUCAUUUUUUGUCCUAAAAAAAAACAACUAUUACUGAUUUGAAAUUCAAACUAAGUGCUUUUGCAUUGUUUUUUUAUUAUGCUUUUAUUGAUUAUGAAAUGAUAUUGUGUGUAGUGGUCCUUUUAACCUUUGUACUUUUCAAAGGAAACAUUCUGUAACGAUGAAAUAGAAAAUCUAUGGUCAGUAUUAAAGUUGUAUACAGAUUA